AUGCUCAAAAAAAAAAUCAUGAAAAUUUUUAAUAACAACUUUAAAAAUUACAUAAAUUAUCAUAGUCACUUUUUAAAUUUAGCUACAAAUAUCAAUAAAAUUUUUAAUCAAAUUUAUUUUCAAUUAUUGAUUUAUUCAUCUUAGAUUUUUUUAUUGCAAGCCUUUUAUAAAUUACUUGCAAUUAUAAUUUUGAUCAUUAUAUCUGAAUAAUGA